AUGGACGUAGCCCGACCUUUCCUUCUCCUCAUGUGUGUCCUCCACCUGACCUUGACUGUAGUGUUGACCAAACACACUGAUCACAGAAACUUGUUCACACAGAGGGUGUGCUGCAGGAGACAGAGCCACUUUGUGUAUAUUGGACAAGACAUUUCUGGGAGUCCUGUCAACAUAGACGUGGGAAUGUGCAGGUCACACUGCGGGGGGACAAUAAGAGCAUCCCAUGAAGCAGGGCAGCAGGAUUACUCCAAACACUCCUCAAUGCUGGAGUUUCUCAGGAGCAAAAAAAUGCGGAGCCGCCGACCCGCCGCUCCAGAGAGCUUGGAGCCGCUCAAGCAGCUGCCCUCCUGUGGGAUGAACCAGCUGUGUGAGCCGACGGGGAUGCGUGUGGACCGAGUGCUUCUGUUCGAGGGACCCCGGGAGGUGGAGGUCAUCGAGGAGUGUCACUGCGAGAUCAAGCUGAGCCAGUGCAUCCGCGUCCCUGCACUGAGAACCUACAACCCAGACACUCCCUACGAGAUAGUCAUAGACGUGGGAGGAUGCUCCCAGUCCAAGGGAUCCCCAGAGGGAUUCUCCUGUGUGCCCACGAAGUUUGACUCAGCUUUGGUGGAAACCCCCAACAAGGUGGAUCUCAUCCAGACUGUGGCAGCCUGCGAGCUGAAGGAAACAUGCUACAGAGUGCCAUAUGUGGAGUAUUACUAUGAAAUAGUGCAGCAUGCAGAUGGAGUAAAAGAAGAGAGGCUCAAAGAAAUAGAUGUUGGCAGAUGUUUGGGAGGCUGCACUACAGGAAACCGAUGCCUUCUCAGUAGUCCAACUGAUCCACAAAUCUGCCACUUGUGGUCCGAAAGUCAGUCCAGCUCAUGUGUUCCUGAGGGCUAUGAGAGCCACAGUUUCCUCAACCAGCAUGGACAGAGUCGCACAGUCCUCUCCAUCAGUUCCUGCCUUUGCCAAAACUAA